AUGUCUCUCAAGGUCGCUCUCUUUAUCGUCGCCAGCGUAGUCGUGGCCUCCGUGGCUGACCAAAUACCUAUCUACCACGAGCCCCAGUACGGUCCCCCAGCCCCCAGCUACCACGUCCCUGUUGAGGAGUACCCUGAUGUGCCUCCUCAGUACAAAUACAACUACGGUGUGUCCGAUGGGUACUCCGGCGCCAACUUCGGCCACUCCGAGAGCCGCGAUGGCUACAAGACCGAGGGCAGCUACAGCGUGGACCUCCCCGACGGCCGCAAGCAGAUCGUCACCUACGUGGACAACGGCGACGGUCUGGAGGCCCAAGUGACGUACGAAGGUGAGGCGCAGUAUCCCGACCACUCCCAGCCAGCCUACCCUGCCCCGCCCCCAGAGCCCGUCUACGCUCCUGAGCCAGUUUACGUCCCCGAGCCCUCCUACCCCGCCCCACCCCCGCCACCUCCCGCCUAUCCUGCCUAAGUGUCGUCAGGAUAGUUACCCGCACCCCAGCACUGCCGCACCCGCGUUCACUGGUGUCUUCAGUAACCCGCCCACCGCAACCUGCCCCAGCUACCCACCGCCCGAUGAUCCUCGCCCUCCCCAACCCGCCUCGCACCCAUCGCUCUCCGCUCCGCCUCCCAUUCCCCAUCCCCUGCAUUCCUCCUACCUCUCCCUCCCCAGCCUGCCUCGCACCCGCCGUUCCCCGCCCCCCCAUUCCCCGUCCCCUCCCCUCUUGUCUCCCAUCCAACCCUUCCAUGAUCCCAAGCAUAUUGUUUGUUCCCUCCUCUUUUCCGCCGACACUCCCUUCGUCUCACCUCGGUUCCCUUCCUGCACUCCCCUUGCACCGCCACUCCCCCCGCCUCUCCUGCACGCAUAGCUAGUUGCUCCUGGCUGGUCCAGGCGACAGAUGAGAGUACUGGGUCCUCUCAUGUGCCAUACGUCAUGAUGGAUUGCAAUAAAGGUUGAAGUUCAUCAGUGACUUACCUGUCCCCUCCUCACCUGCCUC